UAAAUGCGGUUUUGCAAUAAAAUCGUAACAGAAACUGCCAGUGAAUUCCACCAAAACUUCUGGCUUUCGGACCAUCAACAGGUUUAGGAAACAAUGGACACCGUCCCUACCGUGGACCAGUCGCCUUCGCCUGCAGAACUACUCGCGGCUCGCCGUGAAGCGCGGAGGAAGAAAAUUUUGGAAAACUCCAAUAAUCGCUUGUCCAAAAUCGUUGGUCGAAACUCGCCACUAACAACGUCAUCAUCAGACGCAGCAAACGACGAUGAGCCCACUUUUCCACAGCCAGAAAGCAUCAUUUACCCCGACCCGGAAGACGAACGUGUGGUGUACGAAAACACUGAGCAUGACCCCUUCCAAGCUUCUACCGAGCAGCAGGAUUUUUCCGCCAUGAAUGGCUUGAUGAAUGGCCAGAAUGGUGAUAUUUUUCAGCUGCUUAACCGCCUCAACCAAAGGCAAGGGAACGAAGGGCAGAGCAUGGGUAACGCGGGUGCUCCUCCUGUGCAGCACGUUCGUUUACGGCGAAUUCUUCACACUAAAGUGCACCUCAUGGUAGCGGCUGUUAUCGUCUACUUACUUUUUGCAACGGGUAGCGAACGGUUCAUUGGUGGUAGCGUGUUUUUGCCCCUGCUUGCCUGGGAAGUGAUUGAGCUCCUGACGCUCGGCAGCUCGGACACGAACGUCGGUGGUCCCCUACUUAGUUUAGUGCUAAUGUUCGGGGGCAUUCCUAUGCGUACCUCACGGAUGCUUCAAACGGUAGCCGGUACGAUCAAUAAGGUGCUGAAAGACGUGACGUUUUUUGUGUUUUUCUUCGUCCUAACACAUCUGCUGUGGAGCCGGUUCGGACUGGGGCUUGAGUUAAGGUAUGUGCUCGGGUACGACCAGCUGGAAUCAACCACGGACGACAUCCUGAUGUCCGGCGGUGUGCUUUCGUAGUGCCCCCUUGGACAACACGAUUAAACAAAUUUACACAAAAUACCCAUAACAUUUGUAAUCCUAUAUGUGACUGCUACCACCACAGACGGUAGACCACUCGCUUAGUUCCGUUCUAAAUUGGUUCUUGGUUGUAUUUCAAAUUAGUUGUUCUUAGUAGCUGGCGAUUUUAGUUAUUACCAUUUUAAGUCCUCUAAAAACUGCUCCCAAUCCGGCUGCAGUAAACCACGCACGAAAAGCCAGUAAACUGUGGAAGACAUAUUGAACCGGGAAGUGUGGUUAACGGUAAAUAAUAAAAAAGAAAGUACUCA